AUGCAUUUUACGAAGCAUGGCUCCAAAGCUGCCACUCUGGACGACUCAAGUCACGAAGGGACCGACAAACAACCCCGCGUAAAGGCCAGUGACCUUGGUUUUCAUGUACCCGACCAUGUCCUCGACGACAUAAUCCAGAUUUCAGACCCAAAACUACUCUACUCCAACGUUCACGCUCAGCGCGACCGGCGACUUCGCCUUUUGAUCAGGCGCUAUACGAACCAGAUCCAGUACGGAUGCAGAAAUGUCAACUGCACCACCCCUACCUGUCUGAGCUACCGAAAGAGAAACAGCACGGGACCGUUGAGAAAAUAUACUGAGCUGAGCGCGAGAACGCUCGCAUGCCAGUUGGUGGAUGAAUACAAUCGAAGUGGCAAGGAUCCGUUUUGUGGACUCUGCCAGAAUGAGCCCGUUGUGCCGUGGUAUGAGGAUCCGGCGCUCGGAAAGAAAAGGAGGAAUAGUUACGAGAAGGUUGGUCACCUGCGUCAAGAAAACGGCCAUUUGCCAAAGCCGUCAGGGCUGGCGCAGCGCACGAAGGAUUCUCCCAAGGCUAUGCCGUUGACGGACAAUGCACCGCGAAGAAUAAGUCAAGAUGGUGUGGUCCGGGCGGGUAGACGUCUACGAGAAAUGGACACUUCUAUGGAGGAUGAAUUGGCUGAUGUCUUGAAUCGAACCGUUCCUCGAGGGAGCAUGGAGAAAGUACCACACGGUGAACACCUUGCGAACCAUGACUUAGAACAAGCCUCCGCAGCCCCUGCAAAACAGAAGGAUCUCGCUUCUUUCACUCAGACAUUAUUUGACCUGGUUCCGCUGCGACUUCUUAACUGGUUACCAGCGAUAUAUGAUUGCCCCACGACAGGUGUGUCCAGACCAGCCGGUCUGCCUGUCAAUCAGAAACAAGCCUCUAUCAAGACGCCCACGGAAGGAUCCCUGCCACCUGCAGAAAAUACUGAGCCCCUCUCUGGACGAGAGACUCCUGAGCAACACUGCGCGUCAAAAAAGCCACCUCACCAACCGGCAUACAGCCUUCGAACACUUACCUGGGUCACGCUACCCUGGCUGAGAUCUGUGCCCCGCGAUGAGGAAGGCUAUCAGUGGAAGUUUGUUCCCUUCAUGAAACAAAGCUUGGCCUAUUGCCUCAGUGACCCCGAGCGUCUGGUGAAUACAGUCAAGGAUCUUCAAGACAGUUAUUGGACAGGUUCGAGGAAACAAUCGAAGCAGAACGAUAUGAAUGCAGGGAACGGACCUAUUACCAGCCCAGAAAGCGAUUCUAUAAGUCCAUGGCCAAUCAUAUCAACAAACACAAGGGAUGAUAUGCAAGCUCUCUUGUUCAGCUUUGCCUACAUCCAGAAAUUUGAGCAGCGCGAUCUGGUCUUAACCAGCAUAUUAAAUGCGCUACAGAACGCAUACUACUUACCGCCGUGGCUACAGAGCAGACGAUCAGGAAAGCACAGUCGAUCAGGCAGUGGAAGCAGCGAUCUAGCUUUGAUCAAGAGGCGUCAAUCUUCGGACGUCAACAGCUCGCGCAAUUCUCGAUCCCCCGAUUCUUCGGGGCUCGAUAUACUUGAAGAGAUUGAUACGCCACUCAUUCCACUGAAAGAUGCACAAAUAACCGAACUAUGUCUUAUGGCAUUGUUGUCAUUAGCGACCACAAUCUUCCAUCCCCCAGAUGCUAUGCUUUUCUCGGGGAAGCAGCACUUUGUCCGGCUUGCUAGGGAGAGAAACUGUGGUCUUGCCCAUUCAUUUUGGGUUGUCUUCAAAGGACGAGAUCUGACUGGCAUACGCGAAAUCAUCGAUGUCAUCGACAUCUGCGAAGAUUGGACUGUCCAUCGGUUGCUCACAGCUCUAAUGAAUAUCGUCAGCCAUCGAUUAACCGUUACCAAGUGGGCGGCUACCCUGAAGAGCUCGGGCAUGUCAAAGUCUAAUAGGACGACCAUCGUCGAGUCACUCAUUGAUCGAUUUGACCGAGACUACCUCCCGGGAUGGGACCGAUUCGACAAGAAUUCUAGUUGGAUCGGCACCGCUGCUAUCGAGCUCGGGAGGACAGUCCUACUGAAAGAUUGGGAUCGUUCUCCAAUUAUUCAGCGUGCAGGUCCCGUGGGCGGUGCCCUGGAACUUUUGGCCGGGUUGUACCGUGCGCGACACCAGUUGAAUCUGGAUGCAGAGUGGUUUCAUAUGCCAUUCAUCGCCGACAUUUUCGACGACAUGUCCAUGCCAUCAGAAUGGUUGUCCUUCCGCCCAGACUCUCGACAAAUGCAUCUUCUAUCUUUCUCUUUUCUCUUCCCACCUGAGGUUCUGGUCCAGUACUUUAGAGCAAUAAAUAUUGCGAUCAUGAAGAAGUCGCAUGAGGACGCCACAAUUGUGUACAAUGACAUCAGACAAUAUAUGUGGGCACCUGCCAUCCCGAUCUAUGGCGCGAAGGAAGUUCUGGCUCGCCUGCGACCUCACAUGGCCAGGUACUUUGUACUUACAAUCCGCAGACAAGAUGUUUUGAACGAUGCGAUUGAUCAAAUAUGGCGACGUCAGCGCAGAGAGUUGAUGUGUCCUUUGCGUGUACGCCUCGGUAAAGAUGAGGGCGAAGAUGGUCUCGACCAUGGGGGAGUCCAACAGGAGUUCUUCAGAGUCGUUUUCGGAGAGGCGCUCAGGCCUGAGUAUUCCAUGUUCACCGUUGACGACACGACGAGGAUGACUUGGUUCCAGCCAGGUUCCUUUGAACCACUCUACAGGUUUGAAGCCUUGGGUAUCUUGAUGUCAAUGGCUAUCUAUAAUGGGAUCACCCUGCCUAUCACCAUGCCAUUGGCAUUCUACCGAAAGCUUUUGGGGCUCAAGGUGAAGAAACUCGAGCAUAUCGCUGAUGGCUGGCCUGAGUUGACGAAAGGCUUAAAAAGCCUCCUGGAUUGGUCCGAAGGGGAUGUCGGGGAGGUAAUUGCUAGGACCUAUGAAUUCAGCUACGAGCUCUGUGGGAGUACCGUCACGGUGGACAUGCAGAAGGUUGGCCGUCACGACCCUUGGCCCCCGACAAAGCCGCGGACGAGCAAGAAAGGCAAAGAGAAGUCCAAAUCGACCUCUUUCGAGUUGCCGCUGGAACCAACACUGACACCGCCACCUCAACCAUCGCCCAACUUGAGUCCUAAUAUACCAAACGGUUCGAUCUUGAGCAGGACCUCUUCCAUCGAAAUCAAAGGCAUAUCCACCCCCUUGAGCAUCGAUAGUGACAUGCUCGAGAAUUCUGGACCAGAAGCCGCAUUAGUCACCAACGCCAACCGUGAACAAUACGUCAAAGAUUACAUCCUGUGGCUCACGCAUAAAUCGAUCGAGCCACAAUAUGAAGCUUUCGCCAGAGGGUUCUAUACCUGCCUCGACCGCACCGCUCUGUCAAUUUUCAACCCGGAGUCCCUGAAAGCCCUGAUCGAAGGAUAUCCCGACAUCGACAUCGACGAGCUCCAAAUGACAACUACCUACGACGAGUACACGUCGGAAUCACCCACGAUUGUUGAUUUCUGGCACGUUGUGCGCAGCAUGAGCACUCACCAACAUCGACAACUCCUGGAAUUUGUCACGGCGAGUGACCGCGUGCCGGUCAAUGGCAUGCGGAGCUUGACGUUUAUCGUGCAGAAGAACGGCGAGGAGGAUAACAGGCUGCCCAGCAGUAGUACGUGCUACGGCCGGUUGUUGUUGCCGCAGUACUCGAGCCGGGCGGUCAUGGAAGAAAAACUGACCAAGGCGAUCGAGAACUGCGUCGGCUUUGGGACGUUGUGA